GGGCGGCGCACUGGCCCUUUAAGAAGGAUAAAGACGACAUCUCCGCACCAGCCGAGCGCAUCGAUACCGCGCUUUACAUUUCAUCCGUAAUCUACGCCGCCACAGCGGGGAGCACUGAACCGUCCUGAUUUUUUUUUUUUUUUUUUUAAAUGGUUAAUUCAUGUGAAGCGACCUUUUGAAUCCUAAUGCUCGAGAAAUGCGCCGCCGCGCUCAGCCGGUUUGCUCUCUGGUGCGUAAUUGAUUCGGACGUCCUGCACGCCAACCGGGCUGCACUCCCUCGCCUUGCCCCGGUGGGAAAAAGAAGCGAGUAAUGGAAGACAAACGCAAGAAGCGGAGCCCCAAGGUGUCCCUCCCGCAGCCCCCUCCUCCCCCCAUCAACCCCCGCAAGCUCUCCGUCCUGCCUGCCAGCAAAAGUGCCACCUUCUCCCUAGGCCUGCCGCAGCCUCCCUCCCCUAAGAACAGAGGCAAGUAUAAGCGAUCCAUAGGCGCCCCAGGACAACCCAAAGAGGUGCUGGCGACCGUCGCAGCUCCACCAAAGAUCACCAGGCCCCACAAAGAGAAGCCCAGGGCCCCCCAGCCAGCAGGGCCCAGUAAAGUAGUCCAGUCUUCCCCCCUGCAGCACUCGUUCCUCACAGAUGUCUCAGACGUGAGAGAGAUGGAGGGAGGCCUCCUCAACCUCCUCAACGACUUCCACUCAGGCAAACUGCAGGCUUUCGGUAAGGUGUGCUCCUUUGAGCAGCUGGAACACGUGCGUGAGAUGCAGGAGAAGCUGGCACGACUGCACUUCAGCCUGGACAGCCACGUGGAGGAGCUCUCCGAGGACCAGAGGAAGUGCGCCUCGGACCACAACCUGGAACACCUGCUGUGCAACCUGGAAGAGCUCAGCACCUCAAUACAAAAGCUCCACUUGGCAGAGAACCAGGACCUGCCCAAGACAUCUGGUCCCUGACGGAGCGAGGUGUGCAGGACUGAGACUACACACACACACACACACACUCAUCUUCUCCCAACAUCUAACAAGUCCCGGUUGCCAUGGCAUUGAUCCAGCUGCCUUAGUAACGGAGUGGAAAGAUCCACAGGAGGAGGGGCUAUUUUUUUUUUUUUUUUUUUUUUUCAUUUGGUCAAUGAAGCUUAGGGAACAAUACAGUGACUCAAAGCAGCCGAGCAUAUCAUUAAACCAAAAUCAUAAAGCCCUCAUUCACUCAUGCACAAAAAUGACUGGAUGGUUUACUGAACAGGAAUGUGACAGUAACACAUUUUAGGUUUAAGUUAUGAACAUGUUUAAAAGCUUCUGUUCUGUGGUUACAUUGUGUUGUUUUCCCUGACAAAAAAAAAAAGCACAUUACAGGAGAAUCUCUAAUCUUUCUUUAGUUUCUGAAUAUGUCUGUUACAUCUGUUAUGUGUAAGUAAAGGUAUGAAACCUGCACCAUGUUUUAGUAGCAAACACAUUUGGCCGUUUUGACAACACCACUGUGCUUAGCCCGGAUGUUUUAAGGGAACUUUGCAGCUAUUCUGAAUGCUCUCCCUUAUUUUUAUAUCUUUGCUAAACGUUUAUUACUGGAAAACAGACCGGGUUUAAUAAAAGCUGGGUGUUGCUUUCUUAUACUGGAGUGCCGGAGGUGGUCUACUGUAAAAAAAAAAAAAAAAAAAAGAAAGAGAAAA